AGUUGGUCGAGGUCGAACUCUGUCGAACUCUGAAUUCCGCGUCGGUAACUGUCGGUAACACAGCCCACGUUUGCUCAUCGGUAUAUAAGGUUAAGUUAACCUAGUUCACAGAUGUUUUUGAACAAUUCACCACGUGUGUAAAACAAUGUAUUAGAGAAAUUGUCAAUUUUUUUCGAAUAUUUACAUUUAUUGUAUAAAAAUGUCGGUACCUGAUAAAGUUUUGAUGCGAAAAAUUAAGAAGAGGGAAAAGAAGAAGCUGCAAGUAUUACAAGAACGAGAACAACAAAUACAGAAUGGCGAAGCUGCACUUGAUUCAGAAAAUAAUAUCGAGGAAAAUAGAAUGGAAACUUCAAACGGAUUAAAAAGGCAUAUUACCGAAGAUGGAAAUGGAGUAGUAAAAAAAAAGAAAAAGAAAGUAAAGAAUGAAAAGAGGUUAGAAAUGGAAGAGGAUGAUGUUAAUACUGGAGUUGAAUCAAGUAAUGCUUAUACGAGUGAGAAUGAUGAACCGAAAGAAGAUAACAGUGAUAAAACCACCACAGAUUUACCUGGCUCUACGAUAGGUUUAGAAGUAACAAAAGAUACGAGUUUCGAAACGCUAAAAGAAUCAGUAUGCGAAAAUACUCUAAAAGCGAUCGAAGAUAUGGGUUUUAAGAACAUGACAGAAAUCCAAGCGAAGUCUAUUCCACCGCUGUUAGAAGGCCGAGAUUUGGUUGGCGCUGCCAAAACUGGAUCUGGAAAAACUUUGGCGUUUUUAAUUCCAGCAGUGGAAUUAAUUUAUAAAUUGAAGUUUAUGCCUCGUAACGGCACUGGCUGUAUUAUUAUAUCUCCAACCCGAGAAUUAUCUAUGCAAACGUUUGGAGUUUUAAAAGAAUUGAUGAAAUAUCAUCACCAUACAUACGGUUUACUAAUGGGUGGUGCUAGUAGACAGACAGAAGCUCAGAAACUUUCAAAAGGAAUUAAUAUCGUGGUAGCUACACCCGGUAGAUUAUUGGAUCAUCUCCAAAAUACAGCAGACUUUUUGUAUAAAAAUCUUCAGUGUCUCAUUAUUGACGAGGCUGAUCGUAUAUUAGAUAUUGGUUUCGAAGAAGAACUUAAGCAAAUUAUUAAUAUUUUACCAAAAAAAAGACAAACGAUGUUAUUCAGUGCAACUCAAACUAAGAGAACCGAGAUGCUGACAACUUUAGCUUUGAAGAAGGAACCAAUUUACGUCGGAGUUGAUGACCAUCAUGAAAAAGCGACGGUAGAAGGGUUAGAACAAGGUUACGUAGUUUGUCCUAGCGAGAAAAGAUUCCUACUUCUGUUUACGUUUUUGAAGAAGAAUAGGAAGAAAAAAGUGAUGGUUUUCUUCAGUUCUUGUAUGUCAGUAAAAUACCAUCACGAACUUUUAAAUUACAUCGAUUUACCAGUAUUAAGUAUACAUGGAAAGCAAAAACAAACUAAAAGAACAACAACAUUCUUCCAAUUUUGCAAUGCCACUUCCGGCAUACUUCUCUGUACUGAUGUAGCUGCACGUGGACUUGAUAUACCAGCCGUUGACUGGAUUGUACAAUAUGAUCCACCGGAUGAUCCAAAGGAAUAUAUUCAUCGUGUCGGUAGAACAGCGCGUGGAGAAGGUAGCAGUGGCCACGCGCUAUUAAUUUUAAGACCAGAAGAACUUGGAUUUCUUCGUUACCUUAAACAAGCUAGAGUACCAGUUAACGAAUUUGACUUUUCGUGGAAUAAGAUUGCUGAUAUUCAGUUGCAGCUUGAAAAGUUAAUUUCGAAGAAUUACUUUUUAAACAUGUCGGCGAAGGAGGCAUUCAAAGCAUACGUAAGAGCGUAUGAUUCUCACCAUUUGAAACAAAUUUUCGAUAUCGAAACAUUAGAUCUAAUAAAGGUUGCGAAAUCUUUCGGAUUUUUGGUACCACCAGCUGUGGAUUUGAAAGUAGGCGUAAGUAAAAAUUCAAGACCACGAAAAAAAUUAGGUGGAGGAGGUUAUGGAUAUCUGAAGAGCGGGAACAAUCCAAAUUCAGAGAGAUAGGAACACAGACUAGUCUGUUGCCCGACUCGACUGUACGACCUCGCCCUUGCGGACACACGGGACACCCACUAUCUACUCCCAAGCGAGGACCAUGUCCCAAGAACCGUCGUCAAUGGAAACAAACAUACAUAUGUGCGUUGUAAAGCGAUUGCUUGUUCGGUUACGUGAGAGCGAUCGCGGGAGAACAGCUUCACCCCCGGGAGCUGCCACGUCCACAUGAAGCAACAGGGGUGGCGCACCCCCACUGUGUAUAUGCAUAUUCGCUGCUACACGCGUUUCAAACGUGUUUCAUCUAAACGGAUUAUAGGUAUUAAAAGUUAACUAAAAUAACUUGAUAUCGUUUAUCAAAAUUACACUAAUUAAAAAAUGAGGUUAUCUUUAAAAAAUCCCAUUACAUUUAUUCGUUGAACGCAAAUAAUAAAAGACAUCUGAGUACUUCCAUGAAAGUCAAUUUAACGAAUGUAUUUAAUAGAUACAAGGUUGCAAUUACGUGCACUUCAUAAAAGUUCGAUCGCAGGAUAUUUUUUGCAACAUAUCGAUCGAUGCCUAGUUCCAAUCUGAUGCGAAAUUCUACAUGAUUGCGAAAUGAAAGUAGGCAGGACCAUUAAUUAUGCAUUCUAAAGUAUACUGCUUCGAGAUUAUAAUGCAAUCGAACACAUUGAUACAUUGUAACGGGAUAAUUGGAAGGGCAUUGAAUUAAAAAACGAAUAAAAUAUUCAAAUUAUAAAAUUUAUUCAAAAUUAAAGUUUCCUAGUAACAAAAUAUUUUCUGAUAAGUUGUUUUAUCAUAUAUUAUUAAUGUCGUAUAUACGUUGGUUGUAAUGUAACUAAAUCCCUGUUGCAUAUUUAAACGAUAGAAAUAGAAAUUUACGAAAUAUAAUUUGAAGAACAUCCGUGUGUAACGUUUGUUAAAUUUUAAUACAUCGUAUACAUGGUAUUUAAUUUCUUUGUUUACAAAAUCUACCUUUAGCCGACUUUAAAAUAUCGAGUUAACGUUGAGAUCUAAAUUUAGUUUCCGGUUUAUUUAAAGCAUCGCAUACAUUUCCGUUGACGGUUAGUUAUUAAAUUUAUUAAAUUUCAGAAAAUUAUAUACGAAUCAUAGUAUGCGCCAAUACAUAGAAGCUAAAGUUAAAAAAUGAAAUAAAAUGAAACAAAGGAUAAAGAAUUGUCGUUGUUACAAAUACGUGUUUUUUCUUUUUUGCGACGAACUUGUAAUUAAUCGGAUAAAAGUGAAUAAGCAUAUUGUUUGUGACUAGGGCAGCGUUCUCGAAUAUCAUGGAUUCUUGAACAAUAGUAAAAUAUUGAAGAAAAUUCGAUAUUUCCUGUUAAUAAAAAGAGUUGCACGAAACGAUUGAUCGAUUCAUAGAUCGAGUAAAUCUCAGGGCACCAUGGUAAACGAUCGCGUCCCUGAAUUAUUCAACUUGUAUACGCGGCGAUGGUAUGGCGCGUACCUCAAUACUCGCGCGUACGGAGAGGCCGUAUAUGGUAGUGGGCGG